AUGGGUUCUAUAAGCUUGUUAGAGAAGCCUCAUGUAGUUUGCAUACCAUUUCCUGCACAAGGACACAUUAAUCCCAUGUUGAAACUAGCCAAACUCCUCCAUCAAAAAGGUUUUCAUGUCACUUUUGUAAACACAGAGUUCAACCAUGGACGUCUCCUCAAAUCUAGAGGUCCCGACUCACUCAAAGGCCUCGCGUCCUUUAGGUUUGAGACAAUUCCCGAUGGCCUUCCUAUAUCGGAUGCUGAUGCUACACAAGAUAUUCCCUCCUUGUGUGAAUCUACUACCAAUACUUGCUUAGCUCCAUUUAAGGACCUCCUUUCUAGACUAAACGAUACGGUUUCCUCAAAUGUACCACCGGUUUCAUGCAUUAUUUCUGAUGGAAUUAUGAGCUUCACUGUUGAAGCUGCGGAAGAAUUAGGCAUCCCUGAAGUUCUCUUUUGGACUGCCAGUGCAUGUGGCUUCUUGGCCUACACGCAGUAUGCCAAGCUCAUUGAGAAGGGAUAUGCACCCCUUAAAGAUGCAAGUUACUUGACCAACGGAUACUUGGAUACAAUUAUAGCAGAUGAGAUUCCGGGCAUGGAAGGCAUACGUUUGAAAGAUAUUCCAAGCUUCAUAAGAACCACGAGCCUAGACGAAUAUAUGGUUAAAUUUGUGUUGCAGGAAACUGAGAGGGCACUUAGAGCUUCUGCCAUUAUUUUUAAUACAUUUGAAGACCUAGAACAAGACUGCAUAAAGACACUGUCAUCUAUUCUGCCUCCAGUUUAUGCCAUUGGGCCCUUGCACUUUCUCCAAAAAGAUGUCACGGAUAAAAGUCUAGAACAUCUUGGAUCAAAUCUUUGGAAAGAAGAUCUACAAUGUCUUGAAUGGCUCGAUUCCAAAGAGCCAAACUCUGUUGUCUAUGUAAAUUUUGGAAGCAUAGCAGUCAUGACGCCUAAACAACUCAUUGAAUUUGCUUGGGGCCUUGCAAAUAGUAAUCAAACCUUCUUGUGGAUCAUAAGGCCGGACCUUGUCACUGGGGAAGACGCGAUUCUUCCACCGGAGUUUCUUGAAGCCACCAGAGAAAGAGGCAUGUUGGCAAAUUGGUGCCCUCAGGAGAAAGUUCUUAGCCACCCUUCCAUUGGAGGAUUCUUAACUCAUUGCGGAUGGAAUUCGACUCUUGAGAGUGUUGGCAGUGGAGUACCAAUGAUUUGUUGGCCAUUUUUUGCCGAUCAACAGACUAACUGUUGGUUCAGCUGCACCAAAUGGGGGAUUGGCAUGGAAAUUGGUAGUGAUGUAAAGAGAGAUGAAAUGGAAAUUCUUGUGAAUGAAUUGAUGAUUGGAGAAAAGGGAAAAGAGAUGAAGAAAAGGGCCCUCGAGUGGAUGAAACUGGCCCAAGAUUCUGCUAAAAAUCCUGAAGGACCAUCUUACAAGAAUCUGGAAAAACUGGUACAUCAAGUUCUUCUCUCUACAAAACUUCAGAUAAAUUGA